GGAGGACUGAGUCCUGCUAAGGAAGGGCACAUCUGGGCAGCGUUACAGGAGAGGAGAGGGUCUCGCUUCUCCUUUGUGAUCAAAACUGGAAUAAAGCGAAGAAGUCUGUAUAAGAAUCACCAGAAGGACACACAUUGCACUCCUUUGACGUCCAGAAACUUCUCCAAUAAUGCCUCUGGUGGUCUUGAAGACUUCCCGUCCCAUGUGGGCGCGUUUGGCCGCUCUAGUGUUCACUUGUGUGGCGUUUAGCAUUGCGGCCCACGGAGGGGCAAUCAACAACAGCAUGUACGACUGGUGCAUCUUCUGCUGGGCUUUCAGCUUCGCCGGGACCCUGCUGGUUUUGCUGGUGGAGGUCAUGGGUCUCCAGGCUCGUGCCCCCUUGUCCUGGAAAAACUUCCCUAUUACGUUUGCCUGCUACGCUACGCUUCUUUGCCUGUCGGCGUCCAUCAUCUUCCCGCUCUACUUCGUGAAGGGCCAAGUGGCACGCGAUGAGACUCGAGACCUCCGAAUCGUCUCCACGGUCUUCUCCUGCCUGGCCACCAUAGCGUAUUUCAUCGAAGUGAGUUUGACGCGAGCGCAACCAGGUGAAGUCGCCGGGUACAUGGCCACGGUUCCAGGCCUGCUUAAGGUUUGUGAGACCUUCGUGGCCUGCAUCAUAUUCAUGUUCAUCAGCAACCCUGUCUCUUAUGAUAGUCACUCGGCCCUGAAGUGGUGCAUGGCUGUCUACUGCAUCUGCUUCGUGAUUUCGGCGGCCAUCGUGAUCAUGUGCGUCGGUGAAUGCACCGGGUUCCUUCCGUUCCCAUUCGCACGCUUCCUUUCCGCCUACGCUCUGCUUUCGGUCAUCAUGUACCUCACUGCCACCAUCAUUUGGCCGAUCUUCAAGUUUGACAGCCGUCAUUCAGGGAGCUCAAGGCGACCAGGCUCCUGCGGAAACAGUAACGAUUUGUGUUGGUGGGAUAAACUAGUGGCUGUGGCUGUUCUCACCGCUCUCAACUUCCUGAUCUACCUGGCGGAUCUGGUGUAUUCUGCCCGAUUGGUGUUUGUCACGGUGUGAGAGAGCAAACGGUCGUCUUUUCCCUGACACUGGGGAUAUCUUUGAUUUUUAGCAGACUCUGCUUCAAUGAUUUUGAGCUUUAUUCCAAGUUUCUGGAGGAGGAGGAGCAAAAUGUUCAGUGAAAAAUGGUGCGUUCAAGUUAGAAAGAUUGCAUUUAUGAGUUUUACACACAUGAACGCAACCACUAAGUAGUAAUUAAGAGUGGGAAACAGUAUUAUUUUGGUCCCGCUGAUAUAUAGCUAAACAUUAUAUUAAAAAUAUUGCCUUGGCAGCUAGCUAAGUUUAAUCUAAGAUUUGGUGAUUUGGAUUUUUUGAAGCCUUGAGUUUCUGACAUGGUGGACGCAAUAGAUACAGUCGGUUUUCAUGAUCAAUUUGUUGAAAUAAAUUCAUUUAUUUCUAUUUGUACACUAAAACUAGUCAAAUUGCAUGAACAAAAUACAAUAGUAUUGUUAAUUUAUGAUAUAAUAUGUAUCAAUUUAGUUUACAAUUGGGAAUUGAAAAGACAAAAACACAAUUAAUGCAAAUUCUUUAUUCCUUGUUUUAUAGAAGUUGAGUUGUUUUUCAUAGAAAAGGUACAUCACCAUAUUGCCACUAUUCCCAGCACAUAAAUGCGAACUCCCCAGGAGGACUUGAACGCACCAUUUAUUUGUAUUUUUAAUGUGGUUAGUGCAUUUUCUGAUUCUGCCGCUGCUGCCUUAUGAUGGUGUAUCACAUUCACAUCGCUGUGUUGAACUACUGUACAUCUUUAUACUGUUUUAUGUGACUUGAAGUGUAUGUUUUUCACAUGUAAGUGUCAUGGAAGGUGGACGGGGCCAAAAGUAUUUAAACAGAAUGUGUGAAAUGUUUCUGUGGAAUUUGAACGCGUUUGUCCGCAUUUGUUAAUUUUGAAUGUAUUUCUUUUGCAUGUGUAGACCCACACAUUCUGGCCGUGUUAUAUUAUCUGAUGUUUGCAUACAUGUAUAUGUGCAUACCAGUGUACCAUUACAACAUCCUUCAUAAAAAAACUUGAUGUUUUAUUAAUGCGAACACACAGUGCAUGGUGAAACAAUGAAAUUUCACGCGCUCCUUUUAAAAUCUUUUGACCCCUUCUGCCUUCCAUAAAGUGUUUUCCUUGUCACGUUUCAUGGUAGUACCAUUUCAGCCAGGUUUGUGUUCAUGUGUUAUAAUGAAUGUGAACAAUUCCAGAGCAAAGCAUUUUUAUACAAUUUUUUUUUUUAUAAUAUUGUCAAAUGUAUCAAGAACAAAUAAAGUUCACUGUGAAAUAUAAACAA